AUGCUGGUCGAUAUUUUUUUAGAUUUAGAAGACUCCGUUAUUGUGGGAAACAGCGGAAAUUACUUGAGGACUUUAAGAAGCUGGCUGUCUCCUGUGGCACGAAGUGUGAAUUCUGCCUGGAAACUUUGCUGGCGUGCAUCUGUUGACGGAUGGGCUGCAAGAACAUUUCACUCACGAUGUGAUGGCAAGGGACCGACUGUAACAAUAAUAAGGGUUGGGAAAUAUAUUUUUGGAGGAUACACCAGUGCAUCAUGGGGUAAGUUAACAGUGCAAAAAUAGAUAACCUUACUACUAACGGCUACUAGCUUUGUUUCAAGACUUCAAAAACACAUUAAUAAUUUAUGAGAUCAACAACCUAUUCACGUCCGCUAAAAUCCGUCUCGUGCUCCUUUUUUAAACCCCGGUAAAACACUGUCAAACUUUAAAAAUUUCGUACUUAUAAAUAUUAUUCUUUAUAUAAAAAAUACUAAUAAGGGUGCCUUUUUGUUUCAAUGCACGUGACGUAUAAUGUUAAUUAUCAGCACAGCAACUGACACAACAAAUGGUGGGUGAACAUUUAAUGUUCUUUCAAAAUAACACACGCAGUAAAUUUACUAUUGGAAAAAAUUAAACUUUGUUCUUUCACCAAUUUAAUAAGCCAAGAGUUCAGUGACACCGCGGUAGUAUUGGCUAUAGCAGUGUCCAAGAGUUGCACUCAAGACUUGCCAGUUGUGAAUACGCAAGGCUCGAUUCGAUUACUGGAUUUUUGUUUACCUACCAGCAUUCGGCCAUUCCAGAAAAAUUUUUUCGAAUAAUACUUUUUAAGUGGAAUAGUUAACUUCGGGGUACCAUUUUCAGUUAACUUCCUUUCUUCCUCGGCAUUUUGAGGCUUCCGAAAACUUCUGGAACAAGACGCUAUGUCCUCUUCGGUUAGUGUCGUUCGUAGACUGGAAAAUUUCUAAACACGUGUGAGAUUUGAUUUUCUUACAUAAGAAUUUCAUACGUAAUGUUUUUUUCGUAUGCUAAUUUCCAACGGUUCACAAAAGCGUUAUUGUUAUGAACUCCAUUGAGACAUGCUUUUCCAGGGAUGUUUUUGAAGUCGUUCAAUAAACUCGCAUCCUCGGAGACCCAGGGGCAGUCAUUCGGGUCGGGAGAAAAGGCGGCACGAAAGUUUUCAUUAAGGGCGAAAGAGCCCCUGGGUACCGACUCUCACCGGACCAUUUCCAAAAAUUCAAGCGGAUGCCGGCUCCUGAUUUGGCACAAAAAAUGCUUUGUAUUAUUGUGCCCAAUCGGCGAACACAUCUCAACGAGUUCUUUUCGUGUGUUCGUAAAUGACGGCUAUUGUCUCGAUCACGGCUUGUCUAGCUUAUGCACCAAAGAAAUGCACGCAGUCAGGAAACUUUCAGUUUGAUAUAAAAUCCUCAUCUGAUCCAACUCGCUUAAUUUGUCAAAUGCAAGGGAACUCUUCCGAACCAUAUCAAAGUUCAUGAAGAGAAUGAAUUUUGUUAUUGCUUGUUUACUCCUUCCCAAAACGUGAAGUUAGGCAUUUUCACGGGUAGUCGUGCAGUUAACGGCAAAGAAAUGUACAAAAAAGCGUGAUGCACGAGCAAAGUUGUUGUUUUGCCUUGUCAAGCUAUUACUUAUUUGAAUUUCUCAUCGCCGCCGCAUCUUAAUUGUGAUCCUUCAAAAACAGAAUAUUCUCGGGGCAAAUUCAAUUGCUCUUGCUGAUAGUAACCCAAACGUUUUUUCAACUCAUCGGUAAUUCCUUUGUUUCUGGUUAGGAACUAGAAAAUAAAAGUUUCCCUUGUACGCACAAUCUUGGUGAACGAACCAGGCAAGUGUGGCGAGACAAUAGCCGUCGUGUACGAACUCACGAAAAGAACUCAGGAGCAACUGUUCGCCGGUUGGGCACAAUAAUACAAAGCAUUUUUUGUGCCCAAUCAGGAGCCGGUAUCAGCUUGAAUUUUUGGAAAUAGUUCGGUGAGAGUCGGUACCCAGGGGCUCUUCCGCACUUAAUUGAAAACUUUCGUCCCGCCAUUUUUCCCGACCCGACUGACUGCCUCUGGGUCUCCGAGGAUGAUAAACUCGUGGAUCGGGUUUUAUCGGGGUAUAAAGGUACGAGGGGAAGCCGAGUGGCUUUAUACCCCGAUAAAACCCUCCCGUUCGUUUAUUAAACAUUACUUAAAAUUUGAUCCCGAUCGUUACAAUUAUUUGCCUCUGUUAAAACUACCAAUUCCUAAAAUAAUGAUUGUAAUGGUCUGUAAGACUGAAAUUGCAGGCUCUAAAUUUUCGAUAAAACUUCUGUACCAAUAGUUUCCCCGUUUGAAACAAAGCAAUCGAACCUGCUUACAUCAACUAGUUUAAUAAGAAAGCUAUAAAACUAGAGUUAAAGAGUGUUAAAAAAAAACUACAAUCUUUCAAGGCAAAAAAGUGUGUACACGGCGUCUAAGUGAAAUUACCAUUAAUAGUACGUCCGUUGUGUUCAGUUAAAGAUAAUGAAUGAGGCAAAAAUAUUUUCUGGGAGGAAAAUUUCAACUAAUGUACACAAAAUUUUUGAAUUAAAAUUGAAGCUAUUUUCGUUUAUAGCGGAGCUCCCGCGCGCGCGACGCGCGCGCGACGCGCGCGCAGCAGAGCACUAUUUUUAACAAAAGUUUGUAAACUAUCCAUCCGAAAUAUUUUGGUUAUGACGUAGCGUACGCCUGCCCGCCCACCCGUACACACACUUCAUGUAAGCCGAUGUCAAAUGUCACAAUAGAUCUUGCACAACUUGAUUAGCCUUUCAGUUAUGUAAGCCAUCCGUAUGAGUAUGAUUAGAUCGACAGCUGUCAAAAUCAGACAUCCGCUGACAAUUAUCACAUGACCAUCUCGCAGGCUCAGAUGAAAAACCAGUCGUUUUGCCCCUACAUAUAAGCUGAUAUAAUAUGUCAGACUUACCUAUUCAACAUAAAAACGAAACUACGCCGGGCAGGGCUUUCAGUCGGCUGACAGUAGUUUAAAGUUACAUGCGCAAGCCAAAUUAAGGUCAAUUGACAGCUGUCAAAAUGGGACAUGCGCAGACCACUAUCAGAAAACUAAUAACGUGGGCUCAGGUCCGCUCAGGUACACGAUCUGGCAUUUCCAUUACAAGCCGGACGGAUAUGUCUUACUCACACUCGUAGUUUGUUAAUUCGAAUAUUCGCGAUUCUAAUGAAGGUUAAUUGAUAGCUGUCAAACUAGAGUACCCGCUGACCAUCAUCACCUGACUGUAUCGCGGGCUCAUUAUUCUACCCAUUGAGGUCACGUAUUUUUUAAAGUUUUCCUCUGAUAUUUUAUUUGAGCACGGGCUCAAUUCGAAGCCCCACAGCUUAGAAAAUCUAUCCAUCCUAGAAAAUUUAGCAAUGACCGUACGCCCACCACCCGACUUCCCGUCGUCCGCACCACAGGCAUACCAAUGUUUAAUCUCACACUUUCCAGCUAGUUUGGGAGCCUGCAACCUGAUAUUGUACAUCUGUGUCUUGGUUAAUUGACGGCUGUCAAAAUAGUUUAUCUGCUGACCAGUAUCGCUUAACCGCAUCGUGGGCUCAGGUAUCGACCCACUGAGUUUGAGUGUUUUUUUGAAGUUAUCAGCUGACAAGUUGGUACUUUUCCAAUGAUCGCUGGCUCAAGUUUAAUAUUUUGAAAUGCAUAUGAAAUACGUCCUGUUCAUGAGCCCCACUUUUAAAAUUUUGAUUUCAAACUGAUUUCGGACGCGAAAAUUCAAGCGGCUUUUACAUGCAGGGAAGGCAAUCGCUUUUGACUUUUCUCACAAUAGUCACGCGUUGAUCACGCUCUUCGUUUAAUUUUUAUGCUCUGCCGGAUUGGUCAAAAUUUGACAGGUGAGUUCAUGCGGAAAAUUUCAUGCAGCGUCUGGAAACUUGCUUACUGAUAGCUGAAGCUGACAGGGUAUUUUUGUCAUCUUGUGAUGUUUUGAACUGUCGUUUUCUACUUGAUGUACCAAAUGAAAUAAAGCUGCUAACAAGAUUGUUCUGUGUAAUUCAUGGCGUUUAUUGCUCUUUUGGCUGAGAAAUGCACCGCUUGUCAAAGUCAUUGGAAAUCCGAUUUCAGAUGGCAUCGUUUUCAAAAAUGAGCUUACUCACUUGCCCCUGCUUAUUUGCCGUGCCAUUUUCCAGAGCUGCUAACAAGAUUGUUCUGUGUAAUUCAUGGCGUUUAUUGCCCUUUUGGCUGAGAAAUGCACCGCUUGUCAAAGUCAUUGGAAAUCCGAUUUCAGAUGGCAUCGUUUUCAAAAAUGAGCUUACUCACUUGCCCUUGCUUGAGCAGCCUGUGAACAGGCUCUCUGUUCACAGGCUAUUGCUUGAGGCGUACAAAGAGGGUUGAAAAGUCUCAAGUGAUUCUGGCCUGACUUGAUGACCUUGAAGAGCUGCAUCUCGACUUGUAGGCCCACACGCGGCCCAGACGUAGUAUGUGUCACUGAAUGAAUAUAUUAAUAUUCACAUGGACAAAUUAAUGCGAUGAGUCGUCGAAACUCCCAUGAACUAAAAUAGUCCAAAGGUCAAAAUAUAACAAAACAAAGCUAAGAUACCUUCAACUGAAGGUAUCCUUGUCUUUCCUGGCCGGUUUAAGUGGCAUUUUGUUGAGUUUUGCAAUUGUAGGUACUAUCCAAUAAAGAAGAAUUAAAGGCUGGCUACAAAACAAACGGACCAUCUCCACGUGCCUUCACACGAAGCGCUAUAAAUUCGAGAAUAAUCGACGAAUCCGCUCCAAAUUGCCAUCGGCUAAUCUGCAGGUAACGUGUGCUCCUGCUUCUUGCUCGCUGGCUCCACAAAACCCAUCGCAACUGCACAAAAAUUGCUCGCUCAUCAACAACCGCUGUUGACCAUUACGCUUCGAUAUGACCGCAAACUACCAGGUUUAAUACGCGACGUGAAUAUUCAAGCUUAGCGACCGCCUUCGCGCAACAAUGCAGCACUUGCUAUGGGAGGGAUGGUACUAUUGCUUCUAGGUCAAUCAAUCGGGAAAAUAAUAUUGAAGCCCUUGUAAUUUUUAAAAAGAUCCAAUUUGCCCUAGGAUCACCGAACAGAUACGAAUUUUAUAGCGGGGCUAAAAAAAAUGAGCGGCAGUGGAAAAAGUGAACAAGAACAUGUACCACAUUUCCUCCAUAAAAAGUAAAAACCAGGAAGUUUUCUGGACGUUUCACGUUGCAGUCAUGCAAAUCAAAGGCAAGGAAAUGUACAAGAAAGUGUGCUGCAACUUGACCUAUUGUUGUUUUUCACAGUUCUGGUCAAGGGCAUCCAACGUUUAAUUUUUCACAUUUCACUCACCGGGAUAGGCUAUUUUUCGUAGAGAGUAAAAAGGAAUCCUAAAAUCUUAGGAUUCAAAAAUGUGAUGAAAGAAGGAAUCUGAACAAUUAUCUCCUUCGUAAUACGUUAAAUUGCAUCUAAAAUUUUCGGGAAAAUAAUUCUGAAUUCCUCGUAAUUUCGAAAAGACUCAAGUUCCUCUAGAAUGGCCGAACACUGAGAUACAAAUUUUAUGGCGCAACUUAGAAUGCAUUUCUAUAGAGCUAAAAGUACUUUAUGAAUAGCUACAAAAGUGUUUUCAAAGUAUUUGAGGAAACAGUCGUUGGGUGCCCCUGUCUCGUUGCCUUCUCCGCUUAGCAUUACACGAUAUAUUUUAUAUUUAGUAUGAGCAAACUAUAAAUCAUUAGCUUCGCUUUUAGCCCUGCUGGCUAAAUUGAUGUAAGCGCUGUUUAGAAUGCAUUUUUUGAUCGAAAGUAAUCUGGACAGCCUUAAAUGUGUUUUAAAUGCAUUUAGGGGGAAAUCAUCGUGGGGUGCCCCUGAGGUUUGAGAAUAAUAAUAAUAAAAAAAAAGAUAUCGCGCACAUAAAUUUUACUUUACGAUAUCUUCAGCUGUAUCUUCUAUUCAGCUGCAUAGCCGAGGCCAGAUUUUGCCUUUUUCCUGGGCGGAAAAUUCUCGUCCUCCUUCACCAGUUUGUUUAUUGUGGAGUAAGAGGUUGUUCUGGAAAGAACUGUUUAUUUAAUUAAUCCAAGCAAAUAGGUCUAGAAGAAUCAAGAACCUAUGCAAACGGCUGGACGAACAAUGUGACAGCAGCUGAGACAGCGAACGUUAGAAAAAAUCUGAACUUGAAAACCAGGGCCGCCCUGUUGAAAACUUACGGAUGGUCGCGCGAUCGCCUUUUGUUUUCUGGUCAAAACUAACGCAGCGUUUCGUGUGAAGGCGCGUGGAGAUGGUCCGUUUGUUUUGUAGCCAGCCUUUAAUUCUUCUUUAUUGGAUAGUACCUACAAUUGCAAAACUCAACAAAAUGCCACUUAAACCGGCCAGGAAAGACAAGGAUACCUUCAGUUGAAGGUAUCUUAGCUUUGUUUUGUUAUAUUUUGACCUUUGGACUAUUUUAGUUCAUGGGAGUUUCGACGACUCAUCGCAUUAAUUUGUCCAUGUGAAUAUUAAUAUAUUCAUUCAGUGACACAUACUACGUCUGGGCCGCCUGUGGUAAGCCUGAGCAAUUAUUGUCAUUGAUGUGUGUUUUUUUUUUUCGGUUUCCUGAGGUCGAGCGUAGUUUAUGCGGCUUAAGUUUAUACACGAGUAGUUUAUAACCUACAAUGGUAUGAGGUUCAAAAAGCCUUUAGAUAUUUUUGACCGCAAAUUCAAUGAAAGAAAACGUUUCGAAGAAUAUUUAGUUAUGAUUUUGGCUGUAAAAAGAAAGCUCUGAGCGAUUUUCUUGCCUCGGGUUCAUCUUGAAAAAAGAGCAAACACCGGGAAGCCGGCUAAAGACAUAAAUAAGCUUUAUGCUUACCUGAUUCAGGGUUUUCAGAGACACAUUACGCUCAAUACUUGUCUUCGUGAACGAAAUUUUUUGUCUCUGUACAUGUUUCAGCGAAUUAUAUUUAUUUUAUUGAUUGUUAGUAGUCCCUCUCGCAAUUGACCACUCCAGAAAAUACCAUAACAUACCAUAAUGCUCUUUGUUUGUCACCCUAAAAUUUUGCAUAAGCAUUGUUUUAAGUUUCCCUGGGGGCCAUUUUAACUCCCAAGAGAAAUUGAAGACAAUGGAGUGGUCAAUUUUUAUCGCUGCACCGGUUGUUUUCACAUAGGACCAGAUUUUUCUGACUGAAAAGUCCCGGCAUUAUAGAAUUCUCUUCAUGAAAACGUUUUACAAUGUGGUCAAUGCUAUAAUUUGUUGUGCAAAGGAAGCGCGUGCUUCGAUCGUCCUAGAUAUUGAAUGAGUGCAAUUUGUCUUACAAAAUUGUGAAAAACUGCAGAAUUGUAGGUUUAAAUAGGGCAAAAAAAAGAACAAAUUUUGUGCGAGGUCUGCAUGAUAAAAAAAAAAAAACAGCGUCUCAUAGUACUGUUUACCUCAGACGUGAUGAAAAAAAAGUAUGUUUAAAAGGCUGGUAUUUGUCGCCAAGAUUUACUUGUAAAGUAAACUUGUCGAACACAAAAAAUCCGGCCUGAUUUUUUUUAUUUUUUCCUCCCUUUAAGACAGAGGAAUGGAACGUGUAAAUUGGCUGCCACCGAGGACUAUCGUGUGUUUCAUAGAAUUAUAUUUCGGGGCUGUCCAAUUAUCCAUAGUCUCUCAAACGGAGUUGUUGGAGAGACUGUGAAUUAAACUUAUAAAAUUAAGGUGAUGGGCGACUGGGUUAUUUUGUUUGGGAAUAGACCAGUUGGGUUAACUCAAUGUUGUACCCAAUUCAAACCCCUUGGGAAAAAAACGUUUUGGUUCAGGAAUUUCCUCAUUAUGAUGCAAAUACAAUACAAGAAUAGGUCUAUUUGUUUUCCAGGCUUAAUCUACUGUGAUCGAACAUAAUUGCUAUUUUUAGGUGUACAAAUAAGACCAUUAAUUAGAUGUAAAAUUUGUUUCACUCUCGCGCUGUCAAAUUAUUUUUCUCUAAAAUCACUCAGCCGUUGCCUCAAAAACCACACGAAUUUGCCCUGAUCUGUGGAUUACAAGUAUAUUGUAUGAUUUAAAUUAUGAAUUUAUUAACGGGAGCUUCGCUUUUAGCCCUGGUUAAAUCUAUAUAUUAGACUUGAUAUGUUUGCUCUAACCGUUAAUUUUUUAGUUUUGUUUGUUUGUUUGUUUUUUGCAUUUUUUUAGUUGAUUAUGAAUUUAAAAUGUUUGUACUUGUCCUAUUAACAACUACAAAGUAAAAUAAAUAACACAUAUCAGACUCUCAUUUGUUUCAAAGUGAGUAUCAGAACAAACGGUGCUAAUUACACUUGGUUCUAUCUUUAAUUUCUCUCUGAUAGCUUCCAGCAGAGGCUGGCAGUACGACUCCAAAGCCUUUUUGUUUUCACUGGUGAACAAACCAGGAUGGGCACCUAUUAAACUGCCUCAGACAGGCCAGACAUAUUAUUCAACAAAAAGACCAAUGUCCAUAUGCCAGUGUUCCUCAAGGUAUGGACCUACAUUCGGAGAAGGAUAUGACAUUCGCAUUUCCGACUACGCGUCAUCCAAUCGCAUGUCUCUCAGCAACCUUGGCUGGACUUACAGUCGUCCGAGCGGGUACAGCUACCCAACCGGCUUCGACCAAAAAUUCCUGGCCGGAACUCUCUACUUCACACCAGACGAAGUAGAAACUUUUUAUGAAACAAACAAGAAAUAA